AACUCUUUAUCCUUUGUUUCUAUUUUCAUGGCUACCCUUUCAAGUUUAUUACCCAAACCUCGACAUUCGGUGCCAUCAACACCAUCCUCAUCAACCCCUCAGUAUGAAAAAAAAGUAAAUCAGCUCGUUUCUACUCGGAGCGCCGACCGCAUUCCUCCGUACGGUCAACGUAAAAGUUAUCGUCCACGCACACCUGAAGAUUUCGGCAAUGGUGGUGCAUUUCCAGAAAUUCACAUUGCACAAUACCCACUUGAAAUGGGCCGCAAAAAGGACACUCGAAAGACCGAACGUAGCGGCGGCGCCUUGACGCUCCAAGUGGAUUCAGAAGGCAAUGUGAAAUACGAUCAAAUCGCUCGACAAGGCCACAGCGAUGAUCGCAUCGUCCAUUCUUCACUCAAAGAUCUGGUACCGCUUAAAGAACGGAAAGAUGUCGACGUUGAAAAGAUUGCCAUGGACCGUCCUGGUGAAGAAGAAGUCAUGACUGUCGCCGAAAAGACCAAAGCAGCGCUUGAACGCAUUGUCAAUACCAAGAUUGCAGCGGCACAGCCAAAGAACGUGGUGGCCACAAGCGGCGGCACCAACAAGGACCCAACCUAUAUUCGUUACACACCUGCAUCAAACCUGGCCAACGACAACUUUAACGGUGGUGCCAAGCAGCGUAUCAUUCGAAUGGUCGAUGCGCCUAGCGACCCUAUGGAGCCACCGAGCUUCAAGCACAAAAAGAUCCCUCGCGGACCACCAUCACCACCCCCACCCGUUAUGCACUCACCGCCUCGAAAGUUGACAGCCAAGGAACAGGCAGAAUGGGUCAUUCCGCCCUGUAUCUCAAACUGGAAGAACACCAAAGGUUAUACCAUUCCGUUGGACAAGCGAUUAGCUGCUGACGGCCGUGGAUUGCAGGAAAUCACCAUAAACGACAACUUUGCAAAGUUCUCAGAAGCUCUCUAUGCAGCCGAUCGUCAUGCUCGAGAGGAAGUGCGACAAAGAAAUUUGAUGCAACAGAAGCUUGCACAGAAACAAAAGGACGCAGAAGAAGAGAAGCUGCGGGAUCUGGCACAAAAAGCACGCGAAGAGAGAGCUGGUCUCAAGCCAUCUUCUGCCGCCGGUGCUUCUGGCUCUGGCUCUGGCGUUGCUCCUCCGACAAACCGACCCACAGCAGCCUCAUUGAUGCCUAACUAUGAUUCCACAGACGAGUCUGGUUCUGGCUCUGGCAGUGAGAGUGAAGAAGAAAGCGAUCGCGAAGUAUCACGGCGAAGAGAUGACAGUGGCGGUGAUGAUAAGAGUGCCCGUGAGCGCGAUCGAUUGCGACGAGAACGACAAAAGCAAAGAGAGCGUGAAUUGCGUAUGAGCAAAAUGGGCACUGAAGCUAAGGCUAAGCAUGUCGCACGUGAACAAGGUCGUGAUAUCUCUGAAAAGAUUGCAUUGGGAUUGGCUAAGCCUUCUAUGAGCAAGGACAGCAUGUUUGAUGCACGGUUAUUCAAUCAGUCUCAGGGCAUCGGCUCUGGUUUCAAGGACGACGAAUCCUACAGUCUGUACGACAAGCCCUUGUUCAACGAAACAUCAUCGUCGAUCUAUCGAUUCCGCGGAAAUCAAGAUUCUGAUGUUUUGGGCGACGCCGAAGCUGCCGAUUUGGAGAGUAGCAUUAAGCAAGACAAGUUUGGCAUACGCAAGGGUUUUUCAGGAGCCGAUGGCAGUGGUGAAGGUGGCUCGAGUGGACCUGUCGAGUUUGAAAAAGAAACUGUGGGAGGCCGUUCAGCACCCAAGGAAGAUGUCUUUGGCUUGGAUACUUUCCUAAACAAAGCCAAGAAGGGCAAGAGACGGGCAGAUGACGACGAGCUCGAUGAAGAAGACCGCAAGGGCAAGAGACGAGCUUAAAUUUCAAUGGGUUGGAGUUGCAUAUAUUACGUUUGUACGGCACUUUUUUCUUCUUCUAUAUUUACAAUAAUAAAAAGUUUAUCAUAAGA